UACCUGGGGAUGUCACAUUAGGUAUCUGAAACAGAAGUGCCAACAAAGGAUCAACUUUUUCCGUACAAUAACUGGAACAUGGUGGGGUGCCCAUCCAGGAGACCUAAUCAGGUUGUACCAAACAACGAUAUUAUCAGUGUUGGAGUACGGAUGUUUCUGCUUUCGCUCCGCUGCGAACAUACACUUCAUCAAACUGGAGCGAAUCCAGUAUCGUUGCUUGCGUAUUGCCUUGGGUUGCAUGCACUCGACCCAUACGAUGAGUCUCGAAGUGCUGGCGGGCGUUCUUCCGCUGAAAAAUCGAUUCUGGGACCUCUCAUAUCGAUUACUCAUUCGAUGCGAUAUUCUGAACCCAUUGGUGAUUGCAAAUUGCGAAAGGCUUGUCGAGCUUAAUUCUCAGACCCGAUUCAUGUCCUUGUACUUCGAUUACAUGGCACAGAACAUCAAUUCAUUUACAUAUAACGUCAACCGUGCUCAUCUCUUAGAUACUUCUGAUUCAACUGUAUUUUUCGAUACAACCAUGAAGGAAGAGAUUUGUGGAAUUCCGGAUCAUAUUCGCCCACAAGUGGUCCCAAAUAUUUUCUAUAACAAAUACCAUCAAGUCGACUGCGCCAAAAUGUUCUACACUGACGGAUCAAUUCUCGACGGGUCCACAGGCUUCGGUAUCUUCAACGAAAAUCUUGCUGCCUCAUUCAAACUCAAUGAUCCUGCUUCAAUUUACGUCGCAGAAUUAGCUGCCAUUCAGUAUACUCUCGGGAUCAUUGACACCCUGCCCUCAGACCAUUACUUCAUCGUUUCGGAUAGUCUCAGCUCCAUUGAGGCCAUCCGUGCGGCGAAGCCUGGAAAGCACUCACCGUAUUUCCUGGGGAAAAUACGGGAAUAUCUGAGUGCUUUAUCUGAAAAAUCUUACCAGAUUACCUUGGUUUGGGUCCCGUCACAUUGUUCUAUUGCGGGCAAUGAGAAGGCGGACUCUUUAGCCAAGGUGGGCGCAUUAGAAGGCGACACUUACGAAAGACCAAUUUGCUUCAACGAAUUUUUCAGUAUCUCUCGUCAGAGGACGCUCGAUAGUUGGCAAACCUCAUGGAGCAAUGGGCAUCUGGGACGGUGGCUACAUUCCAUUAUCCCGAAGGUAUCAACGAAUGCUUGGUUUAAGGGGUUGGAUGUGAACCGGGACUUUAUUCGUACGAUGUCAAGGAUCAUGUCCAACCAUUACUCGUUUGACGCGCAUCUCCGUCGUAUAGGGCUUGCUGAAAAUAAUCAUUGUGUUUGUGAGAACGGCUAUCACGACAUCGAGCAUGUUGUUUGGCUGUGCGCAGAGUACUGUGUUGCCAGGUCCCAACUAAUAGAUUCCCUUCGGGCCCGAGGUAGAUCACCCUAUGUGCCAGUCCGGGACGUCCUGGCAAGCCGUGACCACCCCUAUAUUUUUCUUAUCUAUAUCUUUUUGAAAACCAUUGAUGUCCAAGUUUAAUACAUUUUACCCUCUCUCAUUCACAGUAGAAUCUCACCAACCUAUCCCUGUAUCUACAAUAUGGCAUUGCUUCACGAGUCUUCGGUGCACACUCUUCUUGAUAACCGUCUAUCCAGAACAUCAUGACAUACCGCACAUGCAGAUGAUAUAGAGUGCCAAUAAUUAUCCGAAAUAUCGACCCUCCCCUCGCCCCUGCGAUUACAGGCUGGAAACUACAACACUACAACAAAGUGUGCAUAUCCGCCACAAUGAUCAAUCAGCAAACGACGAUGUCAAUUACACAAUAUGUAUCCCAUUUCCUACCUUUUUCCUUUACUUACAUAAGAGGGGAGUAAGCCGCCCCUAAAUACGGCUUUCCCUUCCCCCACUAACAUGUGACAUGUAAUAUAAAAAAAAUGAAUUAUCGGCCUCGUUAAGCUACAGCAUUUGGGCCUAAAUAAACGUAUUUUAAGAUAAAAAAAAAACCGUACGCCCGUUUCUGUCAAAAAUGUAAGUUUAGCCUUUAUAUUCCAUAUGAUAAGAAGGGCCUAAGUCGAAAUCUCGAAGAAAAUGCAUGUUUCGCCGUUUUGUUUUCUUUAAUUAUAAAUCGAACUAAAAACCAUUUUAACUAAUUUUCACCUCAAUCUUUUAGUAUUUUUGUCGCAUAAUGUCAUAAUAACGAAAACGCAGUUUGUUUACAUUAGCGAUUUAAGCCCUAAUGAAAGAUCUAUGUCGAUAGGUAGAUAGCAGGACUGUACACGGUAAAAAAAUGUCACGUCUAAUUCAAAUGAUGUUGCACUUGAAUCAGUUUAUCAUGUAUCACUAACAAUUGAAGUGAUUUAGCAUUGAUUUUCUAAGGAUUUAUAACUCGUAUCAGAAUGACCUGGUCUUUGAAAGCUAUUCAAUAGAAAUGAUCUUUAAAUUGAAAUGAAUAUCCGAUGAAUUCGCACCACUGUACUAAUCUAUUGAAUUUGAGUGGUUCCAUCUUUAAUUACAAGUGUCAAAAGAGUCAAAACACUAAAGUCUUUAAUCGACUACAAACGUAUGCUCGGAAAUAGGAGUAAAAAUGGAAAACUUGCAUUUCCAAAGUAAUGUAGAACGUAUUCAUUUCCUGAACACGGACAUAAUCUAUCUGCCAAAUGACAACUGAAAAGGCAGCAACAACUUCGAACCCCCGCAGAAGAGUUCCGCCCACUAGACGUCGUCACCUACACCGCGGAC